ACUGAACCACGAAACAGGAAAUGGAGCCGGGAGGAAGUAGGAAGUGGAGGAGGAACAAUGACGCAGAGAAAAGACUGAACCGGAACGGAGGAAGAGGAGGUGGAGAGAGUGCUUUUGGAAGAGGAGGAGCGGGGGGUGGUAAAGGAGGGUGGGAAAGGACGAGACAGAAGGAUGGAAUGGUACACAGAAUGUCACUGCCUGGUUCAAGCUUAGAGGAACACACGUUUGGAAAGGAGGACGAGACAGAAGGAUGGAGGGAGGAACAGGGGGAACAGCCGUUCCGAACAGUCUUCCACUCCUGCUCUGGAGGACGAGACAGAAGGAUGGAGGGAGGAACAGGGGGAACAGCCGUUCCGAACAGUCUUCCACUCCUGCUCUGGGGGACGAGACCGAAGGAUGGAGGGAGGAACAGGGGGAACAGCCGUUCCGAACAGUCUUCCACUCCUGCUCUGGAGGACGAGACAGAAGGAUGGAGGGAGGAACAGGGGGAACAGCCGUUCCGAACAGUCUUCCACUCCUGCUCUGGGGAAGCUGUUCUCCUUGCAGAACCAGCUGCUGCUAAGUUGCUAUGGAGACGUCAUGGUGCUCGGAACAGGAUGACGGCUGAGUUCCAUUCCAGAAUCUCACUCCCUUCAGUCCCUAGACUCGUCACUGAGGGGGCAGAGGGGAUGAAUGCGGCCCAAAUAGCACCCUAGACCCCAGUGAUCAUC